GAAUCCCCUCAUUUUCACAUGAUGUGAGCAUAGGUGUGACAUACACCACUUAGCACCAACAAACGCUGUUCGUGGCUCAAGAAAAGCAUCGUCCGUUUUUUCCCUUGAAGGAAACUCAGGUUAUGAGCCCAACGACCUGUUUUUCCAUUUGAAGUCCACCCCUGUGGUCCAGGGUUGUUGGCCGCCAUGAGUGGCUUCGCUGGGCGGCGGCGGCGCUCCUCCCGCGAAGGAGAGCGCCUGCAGGAUCCUGAAGAUCGAGAAGGAACUGUCUGAACAUUUGUUAUUGUAACUAAGGUUUACCGCGGUCGAUGGAUUGAAAUCAAAGUUAUGAAUCCUUUGCACCGAUUCAGCUCUACUGAAUCAGAUCAGCUUGGCCCAAGAACAAGCAUCAAUGUGACCAAGCAAACACGGACUACACUGAAGAAGCCUACGGAAUACUUUGUUGAAAUGUCUGCUUGGCGUGCCGACAAUCCCAAUCAAGAGCCAGAUCCAGAGAGUGUGGGUUGGGAAGAAGUAGAUGGGAAAUGGGUGCAAGGAGUCAACAUUUGCACAGGCCGGCGUGGGUACUUCAAGCGAGUCUGUGCAACAGACAAAUCAGUGAACCGUGUAUCUGAACUUCAUAGUGGAGAAAUGGAAGUGUCAGAGGAAGCAGUUGACAAGUACGAAGCAUACGCUGUCAAACAAACAACAUCCAAGUACAAGGCGAUCGAUGUCAGUGAACUACCAAUCUUUCAAUUCAUGGCACCAAGUGGCUUUUCGCAAAAAGCUUUACCACCUUUGUUUUCGGCUUCAUCAUCAUCAGGAGCAGCAUCACAUUCGCAAGCUUUGGUGCCAUUGCCAGCGCCUACACCCGCUCCACUCAGCGGAGGUGAUGCAGAAGUAGAUGAUGACAUCAAACCAUCCGAGGUGAUGCAUGAGCCAGUUCGCCGAGACAUGUCAUCAGGUUUGCUAUUUGCUAUGCCAGCAGCGACUGCAAAAGCCAAGUGCCUGGCAGCAACAAAAGCUGGUGCCAAAGCAAGCGCAAAGGCGCAUCCGAAAAGUCAUGCAAAGGCCAAGGCCAAAGCACAGACAAACAAGAGAAAGAAAGACACAGAACCUGAGAUCAUCACAAUGGAGUCAGUGGAGGAACCUGCUGCCAAGACUCGCAAGACAACAGAUGGUGACAAUGCAAUCCUUACUGAGUUCAACGGCAAAUUGAAUAGACUCAAGGAGGAAGGAUUUGCUAUGAUCCAAGACAAUGAUCAAGCUGUCACUGAAGCCCUGAAAAAGGGAAACAAAGAGCUCAUGCACUUGAACCAAUCCAUCAAGACAAAGAUCAAGUCAUUGGGCAGGCGCAAAGACAAUCCUGUGAUGCUGAAGGAUGGCCUCGACUCAUUGGUUGACAUCAUUUCUGAAUUUCAGAUUGUCUGCGCUGGGUUGAUCCACUUGAAUAUUGAUGAUACAGAAGCGCCCAGGUUCCUACAACAGAAGGUCUGUGAUGGUUGGAAGAUCAGUGAACCACUGAUGAAGCGCGCCUUCAAGACAGCAUUUAUGUCUCAUCUGAAGUAUUCAGACUGGGAAGCAAUGUGCUCAUCUACCAGACCAGCAUUGAUUGAGGAGUUUGGAGAUGCUCGCGGAAAUGAUUUGUUCGAGAUGUUUCUGAACGAAGUUGUCCAAAGGCUCCUGCGUUCAAUUCCUGCCAACAAGGUGACUUUGGAUGAUUCCGCAUCAAACACACAGCCACUACGUCAGCUUCUUGAUCAUUUGCUUCCUCAAUCGUUCAUUGACUCAAGACCGAUUUCCUUGACUUUGAAGAAGAUUGAUAUCAUCCUCAACCCCACACAACAUCUACCAGCAGAAGUCAAGGCGGCUACUGACAUGAUGCAGGAAACUGCUCAGUCUCAAGUGCAUGCAGACAGUGGCUUAGCGGCAGUGUUUUGCAGCAUCUCACAAGGAAAACAACUUCGAGCGCAAGCAAUUGAGUUUGCUGAAUCAACCUCUCAGAAGGUUGAAUUUGUGGAGUCUAUCAGUGAUUCUUUGAAGGAUUUGGAGGCAUUGUCUUCGGAAUUGAACUCCACAGAAACCAAAAUGACAGAUUGCAUCGACAAGUUGUUGGAUGUUACCCGCUUGAUCAAAACAUCACGCUCAAAAGCAGAAAAUGACGUUGUCCUCAACUUCUUGGAGAAGUCGGGCGAGCAAGUGAUUCCGAUUGUGAAGGUGAUUUUCAAGGUCUUUGUCAGCAAAGUUGCGCUUCCAUGGUUCUCAACAUCUUUGGAUUUGCACUCAGCGUCUCCAGGGAAGUUUUGCCCAAUGCCUGCCCUUCAGAUGAAGCAGCUAGCCGAGAUGGUUGCUUCCAAGUUGAUUCCUGGUUCAUCAUCACUAUCGGGCUCUGCAUCGAAACAAAUUUCAGUUCUCUGUGAGCUUCAGAAGCAAAUGGUGGCUGUGGACAAUAUAGUGGCCAAACAUGCAUCUGGAACGCUCAACACAACAGAGAUCUUCAAUUGUUCAAAUGCUUUCAAUGCCUUUGUCAAGACCUCUUCCUGGGAAUUGAUCUUUGGCAACACUUCACUUUUGACGACCUUUGAGAAUACUACCAAGAUGCUGAUGGACCUGAAAGGCGCAAAGGUGAAGAGUGAGCACGACAACUUGCUGCAAGCUCUUGGACGGUUGAUGUGUAAGGUCAACAAUGGUGCUGACAUUCAAGAGGCUGACAUCAGUUCUGCCGAGACUAUUUGCGCAAAGCUCACAGGAAUCAGUUCCGAUAGUGCCAAUCCAAAGGCAAUUGCAACAUUGAGCUUAUCAAAAUGGAUUCUUCUUGCCUGCAAAUCACAUGCAGCUGCAUCAGCCAUGGACACUACAGAACGAUCUAUGCUUCGAGGUUUGCUCAAACCAUUUUUUGUUCUGCAGCAGCAGCACAGUUCGCAGACGACAUCCACAGAGAUUGACAAAACAAUUGAAUUCAUUUGCGAAAUUCUCUUCGAUCAACUUCAAUCUUCCAAGGAGUUCACAGAGUCUUUCGAAGCAAAGGAUGCUUUCCUUGCUGCAUGUGUCAAGCCAUUUGUUGAUGCAACUCGCGUUCUUGAAGCACGUAAGGGACAAUAUGAUAAAGAUGCCAAACCGUUGGCCAAUGAUCUCGUUGGCUUGCUCAAGGGAAUUCCACAACCACAAAUGGAUUCGCUCAAAUCCUUUGUGAAUACAGCCAAGAAAUCGGAGAAGAUCCUAUUGCAGAAGACCGACAACGCCAAUUCUUUGCUUCAGUCUGUGGCGCUUGAUGUGAAAGAGUUUGCUUGCACACCUUCAGAUAUCUGUCCAAUGCAACAGGAGCUUACUUCAGCGCAACAUGCAGCGCUCACUCAUCUUGCAGAGCUUUCGGCUGCUGUUCUGUUGACAACUCCACAGAUUAUGAAAUGGAUUGAGUCAGGUGGAAAAGCUCAAGGUCGAUUCCAUGAGCUUGUUUCCCAGAUUAUGGCAUACUCUCGUGAAAAGUCGCUUGAGAUCAAUGCCGGAAUUCAAGCAACUCUCACAAGCCUGAUUUAGGCUUUUCAAGGUCCUACUUGGUUCAGCAGUUAUCAUGCUUGAGUG